AUGGAGUGCUGCCGCGUCGAAUCGGACGUUCUGGCCUCAGAGCACUGGGAGCAGCCGUGCCCAUGUAAGUGGUCCUUGACCCGUUGGGUGAAAUCGGAGCAAUGUUCCAGAGUGGAGCAACAGCAGCCUGUCGAGAUUUAUGCCUAUGAUGCUCCCAUCCCGUGCGCCCGCCAUUGUGCCUGGGAGCACCCUUGUGUCUGGGAGCACUGCAAGACGUUCACGGCGGACGGCGAGCAAGUGUGGGUUUACCGGGCACUACUCCCAGGCCACCUACGCGUCCCUCCCGGGCAGUCGUGCCUCUUCCACCUGGCCAUCCGCAAGAUACGUCCAGACCUGCACGUUUGCUUCGAAAUGGCAGACGCGGAUGCAGGGAAGCAGCUGUCUGUGCGAAGCGCUUUCUCGGGCGACUUCAUCUUGGAGAUGCGCGAGCCCAAGCAUAAUCGAAUCUCUUUGGGCAGUGUGGAGACGGUGCUGCGCUGGCAGCUAGGGCUCACGGAACAGCAGAAUAUCAUAUCGCAUGAGCAACCGCCGGUGAGCUUCGACGUGUCGGACACCCAGUCGGACGCGCACAUCUCCGAGGACGAGUCAGAGAUCUCGGACUUCAGCUUCUGA